AUGGCUGCGGCGGAUCCGCCGGCGGGUCUCUUGGACAUCGUCAGCACUCUCUCCCCGGAUGAAAUCCCCUUCAAGCUACGAUGCGCCAUCUGCAGCAAGCUGGCGGUGAACGCAUUCCGCCUUCCCUGCUGCGACCAGUCAAUCUGCGAGACCUGCCAAACAUCCCUCACCGAUACCUGUCCCGUCUGCGCGCACACUCCUGUGUCUCCUGAUCUUUGCAAACCCAACAAAGCUCUACGCACGACCCUUAAGGCAUUCCUCCGGACAGAAGAGAAAAAGCGCGAGAAGGAACGCCUUUCUGCAGCACCUCUCACUCCCACAGCGCCCACUCUCGCGAAGAGUGAGCAAAACGAUGCCGAAAAUACCGUCGAAGAAACGCCCGCUGAGGCCACGCCAGCUGGGGUUGCUGAGGUUCCAUCAAUAGAGACCAAGACUGACGAGUCUGCACCGGAAGUCCUAGCCAUUGACACAACGGAAGAGAAUCAUGCAGACCGGGAUACUGUUCAAUUGGAGGAAACCACGUCAGGACUCACCGCAAAGUCGGAACGCAACGAUGAUGUCCCGGAGGCUGCCAGCAACGAUGCCGGCGCGAAGUCGCUCAAUGGAGACCCGGCUGUCGAGACUGAAGAUCCUGCCUCAGCUCAAGACCCCGUCCAGCAAACGGGAACCAACAUGAUGAACAUGGGACCCGGGGGGCUUCCCCAUGGGCUGGAAUGGAAACCCAAUGAACCCUUUUAUGGGAAAUGGCAUGUUCAAUUUUCCGAACCCGAUGGGCAUGCCCAUGACGAUGGACCCAAUGGCCGCAAAUCAGGGGAUGGCAUGUAUGGAUCGUUAGGAUGGGACGGCUUCCAACAAAAUAUGUGGCAAGGCGGCCAAGAUAAAUUCAAUCCAAAUGCUUUUGCAAAUGGCACAGGCCCUCCAUAUGGAGGUGCAUUUGGCGGGUCUAAUAUGUCUUACCAUUCCAACCCCGACUUUCACUCUGGUCCUACCUAUGGCUCUGCUUAUGGCCGUGGUGGUUUCCGCGGUCGUGGACGAGGAUACUUUGGACCUGGCAGAGGUGGUUUCACAGGUCCAAUUAACCAGUCGUUCCCUAACCAAGCCAUUUCUAACGAAGGAAGUGAUGAAUUGCCUGCUGGCACUGACGACUCCGAGCAAGUGAACGGAAAUGGUGCAGAACACGUAUCGGAAAAUAACCCAGAUGGCAACACAGGUAUGAAUGCAGAGCAAAACUCAGGUGAUGCCAACGGACAGCAACUCCAGGGGAUUCCGACCAUUGACAGUCUUGAUCAAUCGAUGUCUACCGGUAUGAAUGGCUACCAAGGUCCUACAGGCUCGGGCUAUGGACGCGGCGGAUACAUGCGAGGCACUGGGCGUGGGUACUGGGGUGGAUCGGCUGGCUCGUACCAGCCCCAGAUAGAACAGCCUCGCGGCCUCGGCGUUGAAGGUGCACCGGCUGCACCCCGCGCGAUGCGCCAGGGUUUGCCGAUACCAGCGUCUUACGGCAGCGCGGAUUUCAUCAAGCACGAGGCUCCGGGGGGAGUGGUAUACCAGGAUGUCAAAGCGGUGUAUCUGGAACUCCAAAGGACUCGGCGGAGCCUCGGUCUCCGUCAAAAGCGCCAUCUCAACCUCUGCGAAGAGGAUCCCGAUCUCGCUCCCCUUCACAGCAUCAGACAUCCCGUCCUCGUUCCCCUGAUGCUAACGGCAAUCACGACCGUGCAAAACGUCUUGAUGACCGCCGCUCUCGCUCCCAAUCUCGUGUCUCUUCGCGUCGACCCUCGCGAUCUCGGCAUCGUGAAGGUAAUCGGGACCGACGGAAUGACGACCGUUCACACAGAUUCCGCCGCCACGGCCGUAGCCGCAGCCAUAGCAGGAAUGGCGAAGGCAACCCAGACCGACCGCCACGAAGACGAUCGUGACAAGCCUCGAGAUACUCGGCGCCGAGACCGAGACCGAGACCGGGACCGGGACCGGGACCGCGAACGAGAUCGUGAUCGUGAUCGUGAUCAUCGUGACAAGGAUCGCUCGCGAGAUCGCGACCAUGGCCGAGACAAAGACCGGCGCGAACGAGUAAAGGACCGAGAACGAGACCGCAAACGCUCCCGCCGUGAUCGAUCCAAGUCUCCUACCGAUCAUUCCCGUCCACAAGCCCGCCGCAUCAAGCGCUCACCAGACGAAUACCCAGACCUCCCAAAAUCCAAAGCCCCGGAAGCAGAAAAGGACCCCUAUACAUUGGAACGCGAAGCCCGCAACCGCGAACGUAUGCUGCGCGAGCAACAAAACAGAGGCACCAAGCCCAGCAAAUCGAGUCGUCGUGAUACUCGACCGGAGCGCAUGGCAGGCGGCCGUCCUAUCAACUUCAAAUAUGAGGAUGAGCUUUGA